AGCAGAUCCAACCAAGGACGACAUCACAAACCUCGCUCGCUGCACCAACUUAACUUCAGGGGCGCCAGCAGCACUUCGUCUUCCUCAUCUUCUUCACCACCCCAAAACCGCCAAGAUGGAUCCCAACGCCAACGAGGCCGAGAAGAACAUUGAGAUAUGGAAGGUCAAGAAGCUGAUCAAGCGUCUUGAGGCCGCCCGUGGAAACGGCACCUCCAUGAUCUCGCUCAUUAUCCCCCCCAAGGAUCAGAUCUCCAGAGCCGCAAAGAUGUUGGCUGAAGAAUAUGGCACUGCCUCGAACAUCAAGUCGCGUGUCAACCGUCAGUCCGUCCUUUCGGCCAUUACCUCGACCCAGCAAAGGCUCAAGCUCUACAACAAGGUGCCGCCCAAUGGUCUUGUCGUGUACUGCGGUGAAAUCUUGACCUCAGAAGGCAAGGAGAGAAAGGUCAACAUCGACUUUGAGCCCUUCAAGCCCAUCAACACCUCCCUCUACCUUUGCGACAACAAGUUCCACACCGAGGCUCUUGCCGAGCUUCUCGACUCCGACCAGAAGUUCGGUUUCAUCAUCAUGGAUGGUAACGGUGCUUUGUUCGGCACUCUCAGUGGAAACACCCGCGACAUUGUCCACAAGUUCUCCGUCGAUCUUCCCAAGAAGCACGGUCGUGGUGGUCAGUCCGCCCUGCGUUUUGCUCGUCUCCGUGAGGAAAAGCGUCACAACUAUGUCCGCAAGGUCGCCGAAUUGGCUGUCCAGUGCUUCAUCACCAACGACAGGCCUAACGUUGCCGGUCUCGUUUUGGCUGGUUCCGCCGAUUUCAAGAACGACCUGAACGCCUCCGACUUGUUCGAUCCCCGUCUCCAGACCAAGGUUGUCAAGGUUGUCGAUGUCUCGUACGGUGGUGAAAACGGUUUCAACCAGGCUAUUGAGCUGUCCUCCGAGACCCUCGGAAACGUCAAGUUCAUCCAGGAGAAGAAGCUCAUCGGCAAGUACUUCGAGGAGAUUAGCCAGGAUACCGGUCGCGUCUGCUACGGUAUUGAGGAUACCCUCAAGGCUUUGGAGCUCGGUGCCGUUGAAACCCUCAUCGUCUUCGAGAACCUUGAGGUCAACCGUUGGGUUCUCAAGGACAGCAACGGAUCCGAAGUUAUUCUGCAUACUACCAAGGCACAGGAGCAGGCCAGCCGUGACGCUUUCAUGGACAAGGAGACAGGCCAGGAGAUGGAAGUUGUUUCCCAGGAGUCCUUCCUUGAGUGGAUUGCAGAGCACUACAAGGAUUUCGGUGCCACGCUCGAAUUUGUCUCCGAUCGUUCUACCGAGGGCAACCAGUUCGUCAAGGGCUUCGGUGGUAUCGGCGGUAUCCUCCGUUACAAGGUCAACUUCGAGCAGCUAGCUGACGUCAGCGACGAUGAUGAGUACUACGACGAUUGACAAGUUGAAUCCCUCGCCGACAACGAGGGACCCGGAACUCAAGCUAUCCCGUCCGAGCCGACGACGACACCUAAAGCUGAUUCAGCGCCGCUUCUCAAGCCAACCAGCUCGGGCAAAAUGUCCGCAGCUCGCUCCGGCGCAAGCCCUCAUCAGCCGGGUAACCACCAGGUGUCCCGCCCGAGCCCGCUUCGCUCUAUGAUGACGGCUUCUUGAGUUUGAUUUAGUGGAAUCUAAGAAUCAAAUUGCCUAUGACUGAAGCGGAAGUUCUACAAAUGGGAUCCAGAGUUGAUUCUUCGCAAGUCUGACCAAGACCAACGAAUGAUUCAUCCAAAAUCCCUUAGCUGGACGCAAAGCAAUACCUCAAGUUGGAAGAUGGAAAGGAUUGAAUGUCUAGCGCGGAACCAUGAGGAAUGGAUUUGCUUUUAUUCCGGGGACUGACAGCGUCUGUCUUCAUGAACACUCUUUUAUGCUUUCAAUUGAUCAAAAACUGGGUUAUGGAAUUUUGGGUGGAAAAAAUCAAACAGGUCGAUAUGAGAAAUGGUUUAACUAGGGCUUAGUACGCGGUAGCCAAGGACCGAAUUCCACGCUCAUUCUGUCUUUGUUAGAUCUUGAUGGCUCUUGGUCUGGAUUGUUCUUGAUAACCGUCUCAAGGGUAACCAUUUACAGUUGAGGCUCUCGAAUGGUGCCCGUACCCCAAAGAUCAAUAAAUAAAUGAGCUGUCCUGUAGUACUGUUAGCGUAGAUUCUAGGUUUCAAAAGCAGGGACUAUGCAGUCCUCGGCGAUCACAAUGUCAUCACUCGUUCAUUG